CAAAUAACGCGAAGCCGGGACGACAUCGAGCCCGCGCCUUGCGUUCUGCAGCGGAGUCAGUCACAAAUUCCUGCUGUCGCUUGCGAGACCUCGUCGCAGUUUUCCAUCGUUUGGUCGCUUGUUGCAGCGAAUGGAGCGAUAGUAGUAUAACGUAGCUUAGCAUCGAGUUACGCUAGUGAACAGCAGGAAUUUAAGCGAAGCCCAGCGUUAGCACAACUUCGUGUACUCACAAUCGGUUAAACCUGCUAGCUCCGGGCUGAGGCAUUCUGCAGCGUACGCGGUCGUGUGUGACGUGAAAACAAAGUGAGUGCAUCGCCGAUGAAAGAGAUUCGUUGUUUUCGUUGAAGAGUUAUUUUUCGUUGUGAGUGGUUUCCCAUACAAGGGAUAUCAUCGUGUGAAUGGAUUUUAAUUAAUGAAUGUUCGGCAGCAGCACUCACGGUGCGUCGACGUCCCACUUAAUAAGGAAUUUGUACUCUACAUAUGUAGUUAGAAUGAGCAAUGGGAAUCAGUAGUAACAAUAUUUAACGAUCGCUUUUCUGCAUAAGUAUGCAGCAGGAGAGCGAGUGUGAGAUCGCAAAGCCACCUUCGAUAGGAAAAGGCCUUCUAAUGACCCCAAAGACAGCUGGAUUGUCGUACCUGACUAAUAAACACAAAAGGGCCGGGUCGACCGGUACUACAGGUGACGAAUCUUAUACCACGGACGACGAAGACUGUGACGAGAUAGACGAAGGAGAGUGUUCGAUAAAAGAACACGUUACAAAGAAACUGUAUCAAAACCAUGACUACACUGAUUUCGGAUCGUUUUCUGACAUUGCAACAAUUACCGACAAAGUUACCUGUUCAGGAUCGAUGCAAAGAAACAGUUCGGAUAGUUCCGUGUACAGUGACUUAGGAUUAGACAAGUGCGUAGACGAGCUCUCUACAUAUGAAGAUCAAUACCCUUGUUUAAAUGGACAGACGUGUGCGUCAGAAUGUGAAAAUCAUGUGGAUUGGGGAAGAUCUGUUGAAGCCAAGGAACAAGCACUUGCUCGACUGCAAAAAGAUUUGAGAGAAGCUCAUCAAGAACUCAAACUUAAGGAUGAAGAGGUGACGCGAUUAAGCAGAAUACGAAAGGAUGUUGAAGCUGAACUGGAAGAACUUACAGCAAGUUUAUUUCAGGAAGCGCAUAAUAUGGUUAGACAAGCUAAUGAAAAACAACAAACCGCGGAAAAAAGCCUAAAGGAAAGUCAAAUGAAGGUUGACGUUCUCACGGCUGAAGUGGCUGCAUUAAAAACUCUUGUGCUCACAUCGACACCUAGCAAGCCAAACCUACAUUUACACCCUCACCUUGACCUAAAAUCUAAAGAAGAUUCAUGUUUAACUCCCUCGAAGACUCAUAGGAGAUCGCCAUCUCAUUUUAAUCUUAAAUAUGGACGAGAAAAUUCUCCCCCUGAAUCACCAGUAAAAGAGGUUGGUCCCCCAAUUAGUCUGGGAUAUGAAGGACUAUCAAAAGAUGAAUUGGAGGUGGACCCAGUUGUUCACGGAAAAUUUUUAACAUGGAAACAUAAGCCCACACUUGACAAGAAAGAUCCAUUUGUACAACACAUUUACGCUGAAGACAUUGAGCAGUGUCUUAAAUUUCCAAACGCGAAACUUUCGGAAAAAGUUAAAGCUGCAGUUGAAAAUGGAACGAUAUUUGUCGAAGCUGUCAGUGAAAAGAAUAAAGCAAUGUUUCCUAAAAAAUGUAGUCUAUUGGAAGUACCAAGGCUGUGCUUUUAUCGCAUCAAUAUAGGAGAAGAAAAUAUAUGGUAUAACAUCUCUCAAAUUUGUAGAAAUAGAAUAAUUGCCGUCUGUGAUCUUCUAAAUUAUCUUAGAUACAUAGAAAGAGGAUUAGUUAAAAGCUCUGUGCCUGAAAUAUAUUGGGAGAUAAUUCGUCUUCGAAAAAGUAUCGCUUUGGCCAGGUUGGGAUUGAACUUGCAAAGUUAAGACUUGCCGGGCUAUGGAAGAUGCGCAAUUCGUUUGUUCUUACUUACAAGUGCCAAUUUUACAAGAUUAAUAAAAGAACUUUAAGUUUAUACCUAGAUAAAAAUAGAGUAGGUACAUUAAAGUCUUGUUACCAAAGAUUGGUGUGCUUGCUUAACCAGUACACAACGCGAGAUAUUCCGUACUAUUUGUAAAAAAAA